CGACCUGAGAAAGCUUCAUUGCAUUACCAGCCGUUCAACGGUUACGUCCCUUAGCCUUUUUUCACUCAAAGUACGGUAUACGUGAGAUCGCGUUUUCUGAUCAACAGACGAGCCUCUUUAACGUAGCAUAUACCCUUACCACAUUUCCUCUAAAAAAAUGAACGCUAAUCAAACGCCUCUUUCACCACCGGCCUCACCCCAAUUCAAACACAUUGAACCGCUUCAGUCUCCGUUCAGCGUUGCAGCACUUUUAGGAGACAAGCUUCUACAAAAAACGAAGGCUGCUGAUACAAACGUGAAAAGAAAUGACGAUGGAAACGCACGGCCUGGUCUACCUCCAACUCCACAACCUUCUGAUUCAGAGGAAGAUGAACCUCUUCGAAAAAAGCGAUGUGUGGAACAAUGCGAAUUGGCAAAAUUACUCUUAGACGGAACACCACCGCCAAGUCCAGAACCAGCUCGUGUCUCGGUGAUAAUGCGUGCCAAUCGAGAUGGUACCUACAGUCCUGCCAACUUAAUACCAAAGAUUACCACAAUGUGCUCACAGCCGGUUCCACAUGAACCACGGCAGAUCUCUAGUUCACAGUCCGAACUGACUACGCGGCAAAGUAUGACAGAGCCGGAAAACAUACUGAAGAGUCUCAAAUUCAAAAUGAGUCUACGAAAAGAAGAGAUUAUUGUAAAUAAUAAAAACACAGACCGCGAGACCGUUCAACCAAAAUUACAUCCUCUAGCACCCAAACCUGCACCGAUUAUGGUAACUGGACUUUUAGGAUCACCUUUGGUUCUUCCACAGGCUCCUCUUUUAUUAGUGACUGCGCCAACAACUGCGACAACAUCAAGCGUAACUACAUCGGAGUCAACUGCACGACGGCGUGUUUAUGAAUGUGAGCAUCCAGGUUGUGGCAAGAAUUAUUUUAAAUCAUCACAUUUAAAAGCCCAUACACGGACCCACACAGGAGAACGACCAUUCUCGUGUCCUUAUGAAGACUGUAGCAGACGAUUUUCAAGAAGUGACGAACUUUCGCGGCAUAAACGAACACAUACUGGAGAGAAGAAAUUUGCUUGUACCGUUUGUCAGAGAAGAUUCAUGCGAAGCGAUCAUCUAGCAAAACACGUUAAACGACACACCAGAGAUAGAUCAUCGUCUGUUAAUGUCAACAGUAGCGGACCUUCUGUUACGCAAAUGACACCUACGCCUUUAAGAGUAAGCUUACUUCCGGUUAUAGCGCCGCGAAUAACACGAUCCACUCAACAAAUGAUUGCACGCAAUUAAUAGCUUAAAAAAAAUAGUAGAACAAUGACCUGAUAUCAUUUAAUAUUUAAGCCGUAUUUAAAGCUGUAAAAUCAAGCUUUAAUUAUCGCAAUUAAGAACCAUUCCAGCAUGAGAAAGUUAAGAUUAAUUGAUGAUAAUUAAAGGCAACAUUUUAUCAUAACGACAGAUAUUCUCUGCAAGAAAAUUUAUUCUAGAAGGAUUUUCGUAAGUCCGCCCAGUCGAACAAUAAAAUUGGCGGGUAACAUCUCGAAUUUGAAAUGUGAAAAUUGCAAAAAUACGACUGUUAAUACUUUCCUCAAUGUGUGCCACAUAUAAUUGUGUAAAUUGAAUUAACAAAAGCGUACUUAAAGAGAAAAACACUUAAAGGCACGAGGAGUGGUGAUAAGUCAUAAAAUGAGGCUUCUUUUGCCGUCCGUGAACCAAGUACCUAAGUGUGUCUGUGAUCUGUGAUGCAUAAGCGUAUUGACCGAGAAAGAAUAUUUAUUUAAGAAUGCAAAAACAGUUUUUAUCAAUUAUGUAUAUAAUGGCUAUGCAAAAAUAUUAAGAUUUAUGCUAUUUUCAUUAUCUUUAAUUUAGUUAUAUAUAUAUGUGUGUAUAUUAAUUAAAAACAUAUAUAAAUGUAUAUAUGUAUAUAUAACUCGUCUAGUUAAGCGAUGUACUAGACAAAAUAAGACUUCAAUAUCAUGUAUAAAACUAAAUUUUAAAUAAUUUUUCUACAAAAUCAGAAAUUAAUUAAACAACUUAUAUACUUUCAUAUAAAAUUAUUGUUAAUGCACAUAAAACCUAGUACGCCUUCAAUGUCCGUACAAUGUCCUUCCUAUGCCCUUAAACGUCUAACUGUAUGAGUCAAUUUACAAAAACAAGUUAUAAUUAAUUGUAUACAAUUUUUAUAAUUAGAGGUUUUCGCUUGACCAAGUCUGAAGUAAA